AUGUCCCCUUGGUCGAAACGGCCCGUUCAAGCUGCGCUAUAUAACGACGGCCAGCACAUGUCUCGAGACUUCAGAGGCAUAUUAUUUACCCCUACACAGUCUUUACUACCUUGGAGUUUAGAUCAAAUGCCGAACCUCAUUCGAAAGAAACUUCUCGUUUCCUUGCUCUCACUGGGUCUUCUCAAUGCCGUAGCACAGGACGGCUAUCAAGUGCCAAUAGGCUCACCUGGGUUCUAUCAUGGAAACUCGACUGCAAGUGUAACCUUUGACCAGUAUUCCCUCUUCCUUGACAAUUCGCGAACGCUUUUCCUCUCCGGCGAAUUUCACCCCUUCCGCUUGCCUUCUCCCAAGCUGUGGAAGGACGUACUGCAAAAGUACAAGGCAGCAGGGUUGAAUGGCGUCUCGAUCUACCUUCACUGGGGACUUACGAGCCCAAGUCAAGGGGUGAACCGAUGGACCGGCCACAACGAUAUCGUCAAAUUCCUUCAACUUGCAAAAGAGGUUGGGCUCCUGGUGAUCGCACGCCCUGGACCCUAUAUCAAUGCUGAAUCAGCUGGAGGCGGCCUUCCUGCAUGGCUUGCCAACGUUCCCGCUCUGGCCAGAACCAAUGCAACUGCCUAUCGCGAUGCUUGGCAUCCUUAUAUCAAGGAGUUUGCCCAGUUAUCGGCACCAUACCAAUACCCUGAUGGCCCUCUCAUUGCGGUUCAAGCAGAGAAUGAGUUCAGCUCCAGCCAAGAGACCGGGAUCCCAGGUUUGAACGAGUAUAUGCAAGAUGUCCUCGAUACCCUCCGCGCUGGCGGAUUGAACAAAAUACCUACCACUCACAAUGCCAAUUGGCCUCGGAAACUAUGGGUUACAGGCACAGGAGCUGUUGACUUGUUUGGCUUUGAUGGGUAUCCCGCCUUAUUCGACUGUGUACACCCAGAAACGUGGCCCGAGACCGAUACGGGAUUGCAUGCAAAUCACCUUAAUACAGCGCCGGCGGUACCUCUAGCUCUGUACGAGUGGCAAGGGGGGGCAUUUGACUUCUGGGGAUCCGGAGCAGGUUAUGACAACUGCUACGAGCUUACGAACGAGAAGUUCGCAAACGUAUUCUACAAGAACAACAUCGCAGGAGGCAUGAGGCUGCAGAACUUCUACAUGGCGGAUCCUGUUGGGGCAAUCUUGGAACCGAGAGUAUCUACUCUAGUUAUGACUACGGAGCUGUGUGUUCAAAUCGGCAUCCGAAGACGGAAUAUGGCUAACUAUGGAAUGCAGGCUCUUCGAGAGGACAGGACAAUCACUCCUAAGUUCAGCGAGAUCAAAGUUCAAUCCUACUUUUUGCAUGCUAGUCCAGCGUAUAUGACGAGCGAUUGGGUCGGCGCUGGUUCACAGACCACAGGUGCCUCAUUUAGCGACUCAAGCAACGUUUAUACAACGGUUUGGCGCGACCCUCAGAGCGGGACCAGCUUCUACACUGUCCGUCAGACAACCAAUACAAAACUGACGACAACCGAGUUCAAUCUUCACAUCAACUCGACCGCUCUCGGGAACGAUUUCAUUGUGCCUACGUCGGGUGUGAUGACACUUGAAGGACGAGAGUCCAAAGUCCUCGUCGCUGACUACAAGUUCGGUAACUCAAAACUCCUCUUUGCGACUACAGAGAUUUUGACAUGGCAGACAUUUGAUGGGACUGACUAUAUCUAUCUUUAUACGUCUCCCUCGCAAAGCAUUGAAGUGAUCGUGCAGCCAAAUGGUUCUGCCACGCCGAACGAUUACACACCCUCUGGAUUUACCGUAAAAUCAGGGAAAAACUACACCGUGAUAUCUGCCCCAGCCAAACGUACUACCAGUGUUUCUGCAGUCAAACUCGGAAAGACCGUUAUUCUCAUUUCAGACAAGGCCAAUGCUCUUGCUACUUGGGCACCACGGAUUGAAGCACCAGCUUCUGGCCUUGGCCACUAUACCCCAAGCUCGAACAUCGCAGGAGUUUGGGUAACCGGUCCAUACUUGGUCCGUACCGCGAGUCUGAAGCAGGGGACGCUUGCUCUGACUGGUGAUCUUAACUCAACUGUAUCGAUUAAUAUCUGGGGCCCGUCGAGCAUCCGGAGGGUCACAUGGAACGGCAAACAAAUGUCUACGUCCCGGAACACAAAGCUCAACUCCAUUACGGCUAAUCUCCAGUACUCGUUGAAUGCCAAUGGGAUCAGCAUCCCUAAGCUGUCGCAAGUUAAGUGGAAGUGCAUUGAUAGCACGCCAGAAAAAGCCGUCGAUUUUGAUGACUCAAAAUGGACUGUGGCGAACAAAACAAGUACACUCCGUCCCCAUCAGCCAUUCGCUGGAAAAUAUGUGCUCUAUGGCGGAGAGUACGGAUUCUACUCAGGAGACCUAGUCUGGCGUGGAUAUUUUGACGGGAAGAAUGCCACUGGAAUUGAACUUUCGGUACAAACAGGCUUCUCCGGGGCAGCAACCGUCUUCCUCAAUGGCCAAUUCCUCGCAUCAAAGCAAGGGUCUUCACAAGGGUGGUCUGGGGUAGAUAUCCAACAGAUCAAUAGCACAUUCCCUGUCAAUCUCCUCCGCUCUAAGAAGAACGUCCUUACUGUCUAUCAUGAUUCGACAGGCUUGUCUGCCGACUACAACGUGGACGACGAGUUCAAGAAACCUCGAGGCAUUCGAGGCUACAAGCUCCUGUCCACUAAUGGAACUGACUUCUACAAAUGGACAGUCGUAGGAAACGUUGGUGGUGCCAAUGCUCCUGACGACGUGCGAGGUCCCUAUAACGAAGGUGGAUGGUACUAUGAGCGCAUCGGCGCACAUUUGCCUGGAUACGACGAUUCUGCUUGGUCUACGUGCUCACCUCUGUCUGGAAGAGAUUCACCUGGAGUAACGGCAUAUCGCACAACAUUCAAUCUCAAUAUUCCCAAUGGUUCCGACGUUCCUCUCGCCUUCGACUUUGAACUCGAGCCCAGAAAUUCUACCACUGCGUACCGUUCGUUGAUUUGGGUAAAUGGGUGGCAGUUUGGACGAUUCUUCUCGGAUCUUGGUCCCCAGACAUCUUAUCCAGUACCCGAGGGCAUUCUGAACUAUCAAGGGAAGAAUGAGGUGGUUGUCACCCUCUGGUCACUUUAUGGAGCCGCAAAGAUGAAGAAACUGGAGCUGAAUAAAAGGGCAGUUAUCUCCUCAAGCAAGACUUCCAAUUUUGGUCUGGUCGAUGCUCCGGAUUGGAAAGCAUUGCGCGGACGUGGAUCGCACUGA